CACACACACACACACACACACACACACACACCCUACACGACACCCACCACCUGAUCACGUGACCCGCUUCAUCACUCAACAUCAAAAUGGAGGAGCGUGAAGCUAGAGAACCUGAGCAGCUCAGAAAGCUGUUUAUUGGAGGACUGAGCUUUGAAACAACCGAGGAGAGUUUACGGGCUCAUUUUGAACAAUGGGGAACUCUUACAGAUUGUGUGGUGAUGCGGGACCCUAACACUAAGCGAUCAAGAGGGUUUGGCUUUGUGACAUAUGCUGCUGUAGAAGAAGUCGACGUUGCCAUGACAGCAAGGCCUCAUAAAGUCGAUGGUCGUGUUGUUGAACCCAAGAGGGCCGUGUCCAGAGAGGACUCCAAUAAACCAGGCGCCCAUCUGACCGUCAAGAAGAUCUUUGUCGGUGGGAUCAAAGAAGAUACCGAGGAGUACCACAUCAGGGAGCAUUUUGAGAAAUAUGGAAAGAUUGAAUGCAUUGACAUCAUAGAGGAGCGCUCCACUGGGAAGAAGAGAGGAUUCUGCUUCGUCUCCUUUGACGACCAUGAUACUGUGGACAAAAUUGUUGCCCAGAAAUUCCACACGAUUAAUUUCCACAAUUGUGAGGUCAGAAAAGCCCUCUCAAAACAGGAAAUGAGUACGAUGUCCACUAGCAGGGGCAGGAGCGGAGGAUCUGGAAACUUCAUGGGGAGAGGUAAUUUUGGAGGUGGUGGCAACUUCAGUCGAGGAGGCUAUGGUGGAGGACGAGGUGGUUAUGCCGAUGAUUUUGACAAUGGUCAAGGAGGUAAUUAUAGUGGAGGACCAGGUUAUGGAGGUGGCAGAGGGGGGUAUGGAGGUGGUGGUCCAGGGUAUGGCAACCAGGGAGGUGGAUAUGGUGGAAACUGUGAUGGAGGAUACGGAGGCAAUGACGGAGGAUAUGGAGGAGGUGGAAAUUACAAUGACUUUGGAAACUAUGGUGGUCAGCAGUCCAACUAUGGGCCCAUGAAGGGAAACAACUUUGGUGGCAGAAACUCAGGUGGACCAUAUGGUGGUGGCUAUGGAUCCAGUGGCGGCAGCGGCGGAGGAGGCUAUGGCUCACGGCGAUAUUAAUUAUACCAUGUUUUGAUGUGGAAAAGAGGAAUUCUCUUCUUGCUGAAAAUCUGUAAAGACCUGAUAACAUGGAAGGUUCUGGAUGGGUAAGACUUUUUUUCAAAAUAUUAUCAAAGGCUGCUCAUUUUGUAAUCUAACAGCGCACAUGGGAAACAACAGGUGUAAGGGUUCGUUUAAGGUAAAGGACUUCCAGUAUUGUUCCUCUUUGACCUGAAUCGGCCUGUGACCUUCACCAUACAGCUGGGAAUAUCUUGCAGGCAAAAUACGUUUACCCGUUUUAUUACCUUUGCUAUCAGUCAGAGUCCUCAUAAAGUAGAUGGUGCUGAAACACUCAGGGGAAAACAAAUGAUCAUGCUCAGGAAAGAAACAAUAUUAACACUCCCUGGCACACCUACAUUAUGCAAUCUAUCACAAUUCAAUACAGCAGAUCUACGAUUAACUUACCUCAGUGUUAAAACACAUUGAAUCAACAGCCUAAUGACGCUGGAAAAACUCCUUUGCACAGAGUAGAGAUGGCAGUACAGUUAGGAUUUGCAUUACAUUUUACAGCUGUACCUAAAGAAAUGGCCACAGAGGCAUUAAUAUAUAACCAUAUUACCAAGCUAUCAUUUCUCAUGCAGUGCUUAAUGUGCUUGUCAGUAUGUGUAAAUAAGCAGAACAAUGUACACAGCAGAUUUUUACGCUGCAGGUAUACUUACUGCAAAGGCAGGUCAUAUUUGUAAUGGCAUUUAUUUAUUUUUAAAAAAGGGCUGGUAAUCAGCACGGUUAUAAGCUGAUUAUAAAGCUACAUGAAACAUCUAAAAGGUUGUGACAUUUCAUAAAAAUACUACAAACAAAACUUUUAUCUUAUAAGCUUUAAUUAAUGACUGAUAAUUUAGCCCCUAAAUUAAGUUGGGAGUUUGAGUCAAACUUUUCCAAGUUAGUUUUCCUAAAAACAUUUGGCUUCUACUGCACAUUAUUUGUAACCAGGUAACAUGGUAAGUUUAAAUAUUUAUUCCAAUGACAAAUCCUUAUACAUUUUUAUAUCUACAUAUUGCAUAGCUACCAAAACUUUUUUAUGAACUUUUAAAAUUUGAAAUAUGACCGCCAUAACUACCUGCUCCAAAUUGUUUUGCUUACGAAAUAAUUUAUACACGCACUCAGUGGAAUUUCAGCAGGUGAUGCCUACUCGGUCUGAAAAAUAAAGAAACUGCCUGUUGAUGUUUCUCAAUCAGUUAAAGGAUAGUGUUUCUGCAGAGGAAUGUAUAAUUACCGACUCUCACGGAAUAAAGACUGCUUGGCAGAAGCACCCAAGUGUCAGUGAACUAUGUUGGCUAAACUGUAAAUGUGUUAAGUUUGACUUGUGCUCUUAAAAUAAAAAAGUUUUUUGUGA